ACACUUACACAAUCAAUCCUCUCUCCCCUCCUUUAAACUAAUCUUCUUCACUUUUAGAGAGAGAAACACUCGAGAGAGAUAGUAACCACAUCACACAUUUCACUUGAACCACCUCUCUCUCCCUGUCUCUCUCUCUCUCUAUCUCUCUCGCUCUCUCUCUCGGUCUAUAUAACGAGAAAUGAACGCCGUCGGGAAAAGAUCCGGUGCGUCGGCGGCACAUCACCAGCGCCAAUACUCCGAUAACUUUCUCGAAACGACGUCGUCUUCAUCGAACGGCCGGUGGCUCCAAUCGGCCGGUCUGCAACACCUCCAGUCGGCCAAUCCUCCUCCACAGGAUUAUGGAUUUUACGGAGGUCAGGGAUCGAGAAUGUAUCGGAAUCCGCAGAGGACGUUUAGCGGAAGCAGUGAUUUGUUCGCGGAGCCGUUGACUCCGCCGGGAAAUGCAAGAGGUCAGAGGAAGAAUGGAGGCGAUGAUCCGAAUGAGUUUAGUCCUGGUCUUUUAGAUCUGCACGCUUUCGAUACCGAGCUUAUUCCUGAGAUGCCAGCUCCAGCAAUGGUAGAUGCUUCUAUGUAUCGUUCUUCACGAGGUCGAAGUUUUGAUGAUUCUGAACCAUACUAUGGAGCUAGCAAGCCCAGUAGCAGAGCUCGUAAUAUGCCAGAGAACAAUACUUUGAAACCUUUUGUUCCUGAUAAAGAGAAGGCUAGCAAUGUAGCAAAGAUCAAAGUUGUGGUUCGGAAGAGACCAUUAAACAAAAAGGAGCUGGCAAAAAACGAAGAAGACAUUGUAACUAUCGAGUCACAGUCGAAUUUUCUUACAGUUCAUGAGACUAAAUUUAAGGUUGACUUGACAGAGUAUGUGGAGAAGCAUGAAUUUGUAUUUGAUGCAGUGCUGAGUGAGGAGGUUUCAAAUGAUGAAGUUUAUAGCGAAACUGUGGAGCCAAUAGUUCCAAUAAUAUUUCAGCGGACGAAAGCUACUUGCUUUGCGUAUGGGCAAACAGGAAGUGGAAAAACUUUUACGAUGAAACCAUUGCCACUCAAGGCAUCCAGAGAUAUUUUAACACUGAUGCAGCGUAAUUACCGCAACCAAGGCUUUCAAUUGUAUUUCAGUUUUUUUGAGAUAUAUGGGGGAAAACUUUAUGAUCUUCUCAAUGACCGGAAAAAACUUUGCAUGCGAGAGGAUGGAAGUAAACAAGUUUGCAUUGUGGGUUUGCAAGAAUACAGAGUAUCAGAUGUGGAGACAAUAAAAGAGCUCAUCGAAAGAGGCAAUGCAACAAGGAGUACUGGGACGACAGGUGCAAAUGAAGAAUCCUCCCGAUCACAUGCCAUACUUCAGCUUGCUGUUAAGAGGUCAGCAGAUGGGAGUGAAACCAAGCCUGCUAAAGUUGUUGGCAAACUCUCCUUCAUCGAUCUUGCCGGAAGUGAACGUGGAGCAGAUACUACAGAUAAUGAUAAGCAGACAAGAAUGGAAGGUGCUGAAAUCAACAAAAGCUUGCUUGCACUGAAAGAAUGUAUAAGGGCUCUUGACAAUGAUCAGGGUCAUAUACCAUUUAGAGGCAGUAAAUUAACUGAAGUACUGCGGGAUUCAUUUGUUGGAAACUCUCGGACUGUCAUGAUCUCUUGCAUCUCACCCAAUGCUGGAUCAUGCGAACAUACUCUUAACACCUUAAGAUAUGCUGACAGAGUGAAGAGUCUUUCAAAAGGGAACAAGAAGGACACAUCAUCUUCAACCUUAAACUUGAGGGAAUCUACCACCAUACCAUUAUCAUCUUCUUUACCUCGGGUGUCAACUUAUGAAGAUGACAUAGCUGAUUCAUGGCCUGAACAAGCUGAUGGCGAGGAUUAUGAUGCAUCAGAGGAGUUCUAUGAGCCAGAGAAACCAACAUGGAAGAAAAAUAUGAAACCUGAAGUAUCAUCCUAUGCUUCAGAAGAUAAAAUGAGGAGAUUUAGUGGCCAGACAAAACUGAAAGAGCCAGCUAAAUUUGAUACGAAAAAUUCACAUCCUGACGACGAUCUGAAUGCCCUCCUAAAGGAAGAGGAAGACCUUGUGAACGCUCACAGAAAACAGGUGGAGGAUACCAUGGAUAUUGUUAGAGAGGAGAUGAAUUUGUUGGUCGAGGCAGAUCAACCAGGAAAUCAGCUAGACGACUAUGUCUCCAGGUUAAAUGCAAUUCUUUCGCAGAAGGCUGAAGGCAUCCUGCAGUUGCAAAACCGUCUGGCUCAGUUUCAGAGGCGUCUAAAAGAGCAUAAUGUUCUGGUUUCUUCAUCUGGUUUCUAAAACAUGGUUGAGUAGCAAGAAGGGAGGGAAUGCAGAUUCACCCUUGUGAAGAACAAGUGUUUGGCUUGAUGCAAAGAUCACUGUUGGGUAGAGAGGUUCUGUAGUCACAGUUUGCAGUUUUAGCAAGUUGCUUGGGCAUGUGUCUGCACUGUCAUCAGAAGCGGAUGGAUUCUACACGAGGGGAUACAGAAUACUGGUCGGAUCCCCUCCAUUUAGAUCAUUCUUUGCUUCUUUGUUUUGCCUUCCCAUGUAGAAGAAAAAACCCAUAGAUAAACGUGUUUUCAGCAUGAUUUGUAAAGAUUUGCAUCUAAUUAUUUUUAAAAUCAAAGAAUGUAUUACAAUUAUAUUAGCGGAAUGAAUUGAACUGGUUGAAAGGCUUUUUUUUUAAA